UUAGGUUAGGCCAUACGUAUAAAUUGGUAUAAUUAUACAUCAAAUUAAAAAAAAGCGUAUUUGUUUUAUUUAUUUUCAUAGUAAUUUGUAACGGCUGUUUAAAACGUAAAUUUAUUGUAAUUAACUAGAUCGUCAUUGUUAUUAAAUUUUGACAUUGAUUUUGGUUUAUUGUGUGAUACUAAAUUUUGUCUUUUGAUAAUAAGUAUCACUAAAAAUAUAAAAUUUGGUGAUUGCAUAACAUGCCCCGCUAAUUUUUGGACCUUCGUCUAAAUAUGAAUUGUUCAAAUAUAAGUAUAGUUAUUAAUACAUGUUUAAAAGUAGAUCGCAGCUUAAAACAGAAGUUGUCCUGCAUUUGGUACAAUGAUCGGCCACGUUAUUUCCAUUCUUCGCGCACAGUAUGUCAAACCCAAAAAGAUGAUGUUGAAGUCCUCUUGUCACCACAAGAAGUGACAGUUAUUCUUCGUAAGAAUGAAUUUAAUAAAGAUUUUCCACACGGGUCAGUUAAAUCCUAUGAUUCCAACCAGUUGCCAUCAAAUGACCCUAUAGAGGAUACUAGGUGCGAAGCACAGUGCAAGAUGACACCAGGCUUAAUAAUGGGAGUAUUUGAUGGUCAUGGUGGUCCAGCAUGUGCACAAGUUGUGUCUAAAAGACUGUUCAAAUAUAUUGCUGCUGCACUCCUACCUCAAGAUCUAUUGCAAAACUAUAUUAAACAAGAACCUAGAGAAUUACUAAUUGACACGUUCAAUGACAGAGUAAGUGCUGAAAUCAUACAAGAUCUCAAAGUAAUCUAUGAUAAAAGUUUUAAUGAAUAUUUGGAUAAACUCUCAAAUUGUGCCAAAGAUGAAGUUGAUGUGAAGGUAUCCUUAGAAAAGGGCAUUAUGCAUUUAGACGAAGACCUAUCAAGAGAAGUUGUUGAACCAUUUAAAGAGAAUGGUACUCUUAAUCACAAGACACUUUCUGUCGCACUGUCGGGUGCUGUAGCUUGUGUGUCUUACAUAGAUGGGCCACAUAUGUACAUAGCAAAUGUAGGCGACUGUAAUGCUGUUGUAGGUACUAUGACUGAAGAUAAUGAAUGGAUAGCAAAAAAAAUUACAAAAGAGCAUAAUACCGAAAAUUUUGAUGAAUUAAAAAGAAUAUGGAAUGAACAUCCAGAGGAAGAGCGUAAAACUGUGAUACGAAGGGAUAGACUUUUAGGAGAGCUGGCACCAUUGCGCAGCUUAGGAGAUUAUAGGUACAAGUGGAAAGCUGAAAUCUUGUCGGAAGUGGCAGUACCUUUAAUUGGUCAAAAGGCCAUCCCUGCAAAUUAUUACACUCCACCAUAUCUUUCAGCUAAACCAGAUAUUUAUUAUCAUCGCUUAAUACCUAAGGAUAAAUUUUUGAUUAUUGCCUCCGAUGGUUUGUGGGAUAUGAUGACCCCCAUACAAGCAGUUAAACUUGUUGGAGAGCAUAUGAAAGGGAAGGUGUUUUUUAAUCCUCUUAAGCUUCCAAAAAAGAAUAUUCAGCUGGGUGAUAUAAAUGAAUUGCUGUUGCAUAGGAAGGAAAGUUUGAAAAGUAAACCAAAAGAUAGAAAUGCGGCUACACAUCUCAUUAGGCAUGCUAUAGGAGGUACUGAAUAUGGAGUAGACCACUCACGACUGGCCCAUUUGCUGAGCUUAUCAUCGGAUGUAAGUCGCAUGUUUAGAGAUGAUAUGACUGUAACCAUUGUAUACUUUGACUCUGAAUUUCUUAGGCAGUGUCCAGCGUAAAUUGAGAUGCAAUACAUAACUGAAAUUGGAUAAACAGUGCCUUGAAAUUUUAUAGUUAAGUCAGUUUCUAAUUAAUUUUUUGAACAGUGAUUGCCAUUGUUAGUAUACUUGUAUUGCUCUUAUUUAAUUUUAUGCAGUGUGAAUAAUUGAAAUUUAAUUAGUUGUUGCAGUUUUUAAGAUGUAUGUGUUAGUUAAAAAGCUGUUAAUAGGUCAUAUUUUGUGAUGUAAGCAAUAUGAUAAAUAGCAGCUAAAUAGAACAAUAUAACGUUUUGAAAUGCCAUAAUUUA